CGAGACCUCUCUCAGGGUUUCUUCAGCGCCGUCCUCGUCAAUGAACAGCUGAGGUCUGGUCAGGUCUGGUUGCCAGUAAAGAUGCCCAAAAUUAUUGGACAUACUCCCCCAUGGCUCUCUCGCCCAUCGCCAGGCGCAAAGAUAUUCUCAGACCCGGCACCUCAAUCGCCUGCGUCGCCCUCGAAGCGCUCAUCAUACCUGGGAUCUCCUCCUCAUACAGACUACCAGGGGCCUAGGCGGUUGGUCGCCAGCCGUGGAACGGAACUAUUCACGGUUGUGGGCAACAAGAUACGAUGGGCUGACCUGGCUGCAGUCAGAGAUGAAUGGGAAGAGAAUAGUCACUCCGGUAGCAGUCGGUUUGGGCUUUCUAGGUCUGGAGGAGAUGCGCCGGAACCGCAAGCCUACAGGGUUCUGGACGUCUCCAUUUACUACCAAAUCCGCCAAAUCGUGCUGUCUCCCUCUGGCAUAUUCCUCGCAAUAGCCACCGAGCACACUGUCCAUAUCGCAGUGCUCCCGCCCUCUUCCAGGCUAAGAGAUCAUGACCGUUCACCCCUCAAAUUGAAGACAUUCCAACUCGGCCCUACAAUCCACGUUAUCCCAGAGUCUCCACUUGCGUCGGUGCUAUGGCAUCCCUUAGCAGCUUCUACAGCUACCACAGAUUGCAUUGUCACAGUGACAGCAGAAGCAGCUGUAAGAGUAUGGGAACUUGACCGGUCUAAUAAAUGGUCAUUCGAACGCCCUGCGCUAGCGAUCGACCUGCGGAAGCUGGCCGACGGAGUCUCAUGCGACCAGGAUUUUGAGCCGUCAGGGUUUGGAAAGACGAGAGGUUUCUCAGUCGAUGACUUUGAUAUGGAGGCCUCUGCUGCAUGCUUUGGCGGUCGUGGGAAGGACGAUGAAGACGCCUGGGCAAGCAUGACCAUCUGGACGGCAAUGAGGAAUGGGGACAUCUACGCCCUGUGUCCAUUAAUUCCCGCAAAAUGGAAGCCAACAUCAACCACAAUCCCUUCCUUAUCGACGAAUGCUGUUUCUCGCAUGGCCUCGAUUGCUGGAGAAGACGCCGAUAUGGAUGAACGACGAGCAGCCGACCAGCAGUACGAAUGGGUACAAGAAAUCGAUAGUGAGGAACCCCUGCUUCUGGAAUCGACCGAUAGUCUGGGUGAAUUUGAGGUACGAUUGCGGCCACAAAACCCAAGUGCCAUUCCUCGUCUCCAAGGUCCAUUCGCCAUUCAGCCCGAAGACGAUGCUGCAGACAUGGAGAUUUCGGACAUUUACGUGCAUGCUGCAAGCAUCGACGAGCGCGAUCUGGUGGCUGGCGAAGAUGACGAUGACUUUGACCAAUUCACUUCUCAUGGCGUUCCUUUCACGACGAUCUAUGUGGCUACCACAGAAAACGAGGUAUGGUUUGCUAUGGACCUCGAUGGGGUGUCUGGGCAAUGGCUUCCUAAGAAAGGCAAAAGCGCAUUUGGUGUGCCCUCCUCAGAUGCAAAGGAGUUGACGCUGAUUGACACCUUCGCACUCGAUGAUGACGGGACAAGCACACCUACCAACUGGCCAAUGUUCACUUGCGACGUUGCACACAACUACAGCGUAUUCCUAACGACCUCGAAGCAGAUCUAUUCCUUCUGUCUGAACGAUUGGAUUACUCGGCUAGCCGCUGAAAUGACAGGGACAGAGGCCGUCGAUCCCGGCAUGAGGACUCGACUCGAGGCGGCAUGCGACAGCCAGAUAUGCAUUACCAACAGACUCCUGAGUGUUGAAGACCCGGCAGAAAUGUUCUCCGCCCCCACCAUAGUAGACGACGUCUCUCUUGGGUACCUCCUAUUAAGCGCGACUCCAUCUUCCGCUUACUCGGUCGUCUUUGACCAAGCUCACCUGCAAGCAUCCACCAUUGGCCCAUCUUCGCCUGAGCUUAUGGCAACCCCGUCAAGUCGACAAAUCGUCGCAGUGCCUGAACAGGAGGACAACGACGUCGAGACCCUUCCCACGAGGUCGCCUUAUGUUCCAGCGAAGAUAUUCUACGCCAACCACCUUUACCCGAUCGAACAAAUGAAGCAGCGCUUACCUCCCAACCUCAAGAGAGCCAUUGCCGAAAAGCCCAUGCGCCUCAGCCCGGCCAUGUUGGAGAUCAUGACCGUUACUCACCGCACCAUCAGCGCACAGUCAGCUCAACUCGAGAAGGCGGCCGCCGAGCUCUUUCGACGAUGCGAACGUUUGCGCGAAGAACUCGGCGGUCAAGUCCAGCAGAUGAGCGAGCUCGCUCAACGACUGCAGCAUCUCAAAUCGAGUGAAGAGGUAGAUGAAGAUGGAAAUGUCACGGCGAAGAAGUCAGUGGGGACAAGGAUACAAGACGCGCAAGAGAGACAAGCGAAGUUAUCGGCACGGUACGAAAACUUGAGGAGAAAAGUCGGGCGCGUCGGGUCGGCGAAGCGAGAAUUGAGCUCCAAGGAGAAGACGUGGAUCGAGGAGAUUGACGCGCUGGGUCAUAAUGUUGGCAUUGGCGGCGAAGACGAUCGCAACGCCGAUGCCAGAUUGGACAAGAGGUUUGAAAUGGUCAAGCAAUUUGCCCAGGAACUCCUCGAAGCAAGCAAGAGCGUCGAACAGCAGCAGCAGCAGGCAUCCGCAUCCGAGUCUGUGCCGUCGCCAAUGUCUGCAUCUAUGUCCGCGUCAAUGUCGACCACUAAGUCGGGCGGUUCAGGCACUUCGACCUUUGGCGUGUCGAGUAGGCUGCAGAAGGAGCGCAUCGCGGAUGUUAUGACUAUGGUGGAGCGUGAAGGUGCUGUCAUCGAUGCUGUCAUGAAAAGAGUUGAGAGGUUGAAGGUCGAGUACUAGUUGUGCUUGGCCAUGCCGGAGGUUGAGCGCGAGCGGGAGAGCCUGAGCUGGGUGCUUGUAGAUGGAUCCGGUUCAAGACCCCGGUCAUAGCAUCAAAUGAUACUAGUACGGUGUAUGUCCGU